CUUUAGUGGUUCACUGGCUGUAAUCAUAACCGCUGUUUACGAGGAGCUCCCGUUUUGAUGUGACAGCUCCUCUCUCGCGCAGUUCCUUUCUUUCCUCGAGCCGUGAACGGAUGUCCACCAUGUUCGCACUGACCCCACCUGGAUGUGCUUACACUGUUGGACCUCGACGGAAUGAGCAGUUGAGACUGAGAGGAGCAUUUUAGGAUACCGCUACACUUGGGAAAGAAUAACACGUCUUCUCCGGGAAAAGGAAACGGCUCCACGUUUUUUUAAUUAAAGUGGACGUCUAACGUCAGGGCUUUGCCGGUUCUGUUUGGCAACUCUCCUGUACCUUAGAUCGCUUCUCUGAUCGCUUCUGUUCCUCUGAAGCCAACACGGAGGAGGAGGAACACUGGUCUUCCCAGAGGUGGUGUUUUCAACUUUGAACGGCGUGACGGUCACGUUUGGUCAGUAUAGGUUAUACUUUGGCGGUGGCAUGUUGGUCAGUCUCUUCUUUGUCUGUGCUGGUUCAAGGUAUCCACGGUACAGCUUGUGAGAAGCCGAGACGGGACUCGACUCGGAGGGAGAAAGUAUAAAAAAUGUUUGGUCUCUUCGUAAGGGCGAUGCCGUCGGUGUUCACACAAUAAUGCACGGACCAAAACAAGCACAUCGUCUCGUCUGCCAAACCUAUUUUCACCUAAAAUAGACUGAAAGCUCCUAACACCUCUGGACGACGACGACACUCGAAAAAGAAGAGAAAACAACCUCCCCUCUCCUCUCUUCUCCCCCCUCCCCUCCUUCCACAUCGUCCUGCUCCACCCCGGCCAAGCCCCGCCCCCCCUCCUCUUGAGCAAUCAACACCGGGUUUAAAAGAUCCUCCUGUUUGUCCGUUUUUUUCCACACUCCUCCCCACCUCCCCCAUUUCCCCUUCACCCCUUCAAGCCCCAUCAUCCUCCCCGUUGCCAUGGAGAAUCUCAGCGAGCUGCAGAACCCCUUGCUGGACAAGAACAGCAAGCAUGUGGUCAACGGCUACGGGGGUGACUUCCCCAACCACCAGUACCAGGAGAACAUCAUCAAUUACUUUGUCAAGGGAGGAGUGGGCGGAGUCGGCGCCGGAGGAGUAGGUGGAGGUGGAGGGAAGGUGAACAACUCUAACAUGCUCAGUGGAGGAGGAGGUGGAGGAGGAGGCAAGACAAAGUCCCAGCAGCUGCUGGACGCCACCUCGCUGCACCUGGCCGUGGAGGCCUUCUACCGGCCCAGCUUCAUCCUCUACAAGGAGGACAAGGAGGAUAAGGAGGCGGCGGCCCGGGAGCACAAGAGCAGCGAGUGCUGCGAGACCACCUUCACGGAGAAGGGCAAGGCAGGGGAGUCCCCCGCCGCAGAGGAGCCCGGGGCCAAGCUGCUGCUCCUGCAGCAGGCCGAGGACGGCGAGCACGUCAAGAUCCAGACUGUCUCCUACGAGGUGGAGGAGGAGGAGUACGUAGAGUAUGAGACGGACUGCUCCAGCGAUAGCGAGAGUGAAGAUAACUUCAUAGUGGUCCCUCCCCGAGACCACCUGGGCCUGGCUAUCUUCUCCAUGCUCUGCUGCUUCUGGCCUCUGGGGAUAGCAGCCUUCUACUUCUCACAGGGGACCAGCAAGGCAGUGAACAAAGGGGACUUCCCCAUGGCCCACAUUGCGUCCCGCCGGGCCCUGUUCCUGGCCGCCCUCUCCAUCACCAUCGGCACCGGCGUCUACGUGGGCGUGGUAGUGGCGCUCAUCGCCUACCUCUCCAAACCGGGCCAGAUAUAGCGGCGGCGGCGGCGGCGGCGGC